AAUAAUCGAGCAACAACGACGACACUCAGAGCCGACCAGUCCCUCUCACAGAUCGCAUCCCGACCCCCUGAGUCAGGAUCUCUUCGUGAACUUCUGACGAACAUUACGCAGAAGUGAAUUGUAGAAGAAACCACCUCAGGUGAAAAUGGCGGCAACGAUGAUGUCCAACGUGACUGGACCUCAAGCUAUGGCCUACGGUUCCGUAGGGAUGUCCUUUGGUUACCCCGAGGGCAUGUCCGUGACUGAUAUGGUCCCAGAUCAAAUAAAGCACAUGGUUCAUCCUCAUUGGAACAAGUUUCCUCCCGUCAAUCCCAUGUGGCACUAUCUCCUGGGUGUGGCGUAUCUUUUCCUUGGCGCCAUCUCCUUAUUUGGAAAUGGCAUGGUCAUACUGCUUUUCCUGAAGAAUAAGAACCUACGCAGUCCAGCCAAUUAUCUCGUAGCCAACCUUGCCUUCAGCGACAUGUGUAUGAUGAUCUCACAGUUUCCCUUCUUCGCCUACAACUGUUUCAGUGGUGGCGUAUGGAUGUUCAGCCCAUUCUUCUGUGAACUCUAUGCCUGCCUUGGAUCUAUCUUCGGCCUCUGCUCCAUCUGGUCCCUUGUAUUCAUCUCCUACGAUCGCUACAAUGUGAUCGUGAAUGGUGUCGGUGGCUCCCCCUUGACCUCCGGCAAGGCGUUGAUCUUCAUGCUGUUCUCUUGGGCCUACGCUGUCGGCUGGUCCAUCCCUCCCUUCUUUGGCUGGGGAAAAUACAUCCCUGAGGGCAUCCUGGACUCCUGCUCCUUUGAUUACCUCACCCGCGACUGGAACCUUCGGUCAUUCGGCAUUUGCAUCUUCGUCUUCGACUACUGCGUGCCGCUCUUCGUGAUCUUGUUCGCCUACAUGUUCAUUGUGAAGGCGAUCGUCGCUCACGAGAAGGCCAUGAGGGAGCAGGCCAAGAAGAUGAACGUGUCCAACCUCAGGUCCAACGCUGAGGCCAACGCCCAGUCCGCCGAAGUGCGCAUCGCUAAGGUGGCCAUGACCAACGUAGCCCUGUGGCUUAUCUGCUGGACUCCCUACGCCUCUGUUGUGGUCCAGGGAUUGUUCUUCAAUCAAGAUGACAUCACUCCCAUCGUGUCGAUGCUGCCUGCUCUACUCGCCAAGAGUGCCUCUGUGUACAACCCAAUCAUCUACGCCAUCAACCAUCCUAAAUUCCGCUUGGCCCUAAUGAAGCAGAUGCCUGGCUUCUGCAUCCACGAAGAGGACGACAAGGCAUCUGGCGCGGACACCAAGUCCACCGAAACUGCUAAGGCGUAAUAAUAUCUUUUGUAUUUAUAAGUUUUCGAAUGACCGACUCAGGAAGAGAUACGACUGUUCUGCUAAGUCCGAUAAACGACUGAUUUUCGACAAAGGAUUUCCGAAAGACAUGGAGAAGGAAAUGCAAAUGGAAAACUAGAGUGAACCGGUUCUUACUACGUUUUUCAACAGAAUGCUGAGCGAUUCACGACCACGCACACCACAACCCUCGGUAGAUAAUGUCCCUGCAUGUCAUGAAAAAAAAUACAAAUAAAAAUACUGUGCAUU